AUGGCCUCUCUCUACCAAAUUCUAUCCAAGCUCCCCAUCUUGCCCUCAUUACUAUUCUCCUCCCCUCUGGCAAUAAUCGAUGGUAGCAACCAACACACUCUUCUACCCUCAAACUCAAAACCCCCUCUCUGCCCCAACCCGCCAUCGCUAUCAUGUCCCUCCCCGCCGGCCCAAGACAUCAAUACGUGCUGCGUCAACCACCCGUCAGGACACUUCCUGCAAACCCAGUUCUGGGACACCGCGCCACCCAUCGGGCCGAACGACUCCUGGACCAUCCACGGUCUCUGGCCGGACCUCUGCACGGGUGGGUUCGACGCGUUCUGCGACUCUUCGCGUUCGCACUCGGACAUCCGGACCGUUCUCCGCCACGCGCUCGAGGAGGACGACCAAGGAGAGCAUUAUUCAGCGAUGCUGAUGAUCGACGAACUGCUCUCCUUCAUGGAGACGUACUGGCUCUCCCUCGACGGCGACCACGAGCACCUGUGGGCGCACGAGUGGAACAAGCACGGGACGUGCAUCUCGACCCUCGAGCCGGACUGCUAUGCGGCUCCGCCAACAAGCCCCAAUCGUCGGCACCGCCACCUCGACGUGCUGGACUACUUCAUCCACACGACCUCGCUCUUCCGCACGCUCGACACCUACGCCGUGCUCGCGGCCGCCGGCAUCCUUCCCUCGUCCACCCAGCGGUAUACGCUGCGCGAGCUGGAGGAGACCAUCCAGGCCUCCGCGCACGGCCACCCCGUGACCUUCCGCUGCAACCACCGCGGCGAGCUGGAUGAGGUGUGGUAUCAUUUCGCAGUGAUGGGCUCGCUGAGACAUUCAUCUUACGACGAGACUCCACCCCGAGACGCUGGAGUUGGAGUUUACCAAUCGCCAUUCUUGAACACGAGCACCGUGCGCAAGCAUUUCGUGCCCGUGCCGCCCGACGGGGCCAUCUCCAACUGCCCCAGACGAGGAAUCAAGUACCUCCCCAAGACACCUGAUGGCCGAGAGCCUCCGUCUCCUUCGAAGACGACCACCGGUGGCCAUCCCACGUCUUCCCCAACGAGCACGAGCACAGCCGCCCCCUUCACAGGCAGAGGCCACCUGGAAAUCCACAUUCUCGACUCCCCCUCUUCCUCCAUCUCCACGGCAGCGACGGCGCAAGAUCCCAUCCUCGCCCGACUCCCUCCUCCUGCUCCUCCCUCUGCGGACUCGAGUCUUAUCCCUCCCUCCGGGUCCGUGAAGAAGGGUUGCCUGAUCCGCCAGGGCCAGUGGUACGUCUCCGGCACCUGCGCGACCUUCCGCGCCCAGCACGACGUGGUCGACCCGGGCCAGCAGGCAUUGUUCUCCCUCGAGUCGUCGUUCUCGCCGUGCCUGGUAAACCCUGUGACCGGUAAAUUUGAAUGUACAAACUCGGCCAAGGUGCAGGGCAUCUUUUCUUAUGCGGAGAAUGGGGAUGGGGUCAGUGUGCUCGCGUAUCACAACCACAGCGUCUUUUACGCACACAACAUUCCGAAGAGAUUUGAAAAAGUCGAUCUUUUCGCUGAUGAUGCUAAUGGUGAGAGGCCGGUACAGGUGGAGAUCCAUUGGAUACCAGCAUAA